GUGAUGUAUCGUAGUAGUGUGUCCGUGUGCUCAUGUAUAUGCUGCGUUUCGUGUUUAGAUGGCGCACACCAUCAAAGGCCUCGGCCUUGGGGGAUCCUCUUAAGGGACGCAUUUGCGGCAUCGAGUGGAGAACCGCAACUUCGGUGUGAUUUAACAACCACCGUUUAUAUUAGUAAGUCGCUCGAGAUUCAAGAUAUUCCGCGCGUAUGUUUACAACGCGUAAAAAAACUUUGGCCGUAACGGUAGACUGGCCGGCACGUGAUGCUCGGAUGUUUCGGCGACCUUGCGGCGCGCUGCGUAGGCACACGAUCGCUUUUUGUUUAUCAUUCGCGCGGAGCGAGUCGUGCGGGUAGGCAGCCGUCGCUCCGUGCUCCGUCUGUUGUCUCUCGGUACGGUUUCUUUCGGCAUCGCGACAUCGCCAUCCCGCGAUCAUCGAUAAAGCGACCGCGGCACGAAUCGGUUUCGCAUCAAGCGACGCGUUUAAUCCAGCGAUCGCCGUUAGCCCCGCGCCGCGACAUUCAAUAACGCAACACAAAUGCGGCGUACGUGCGCGUCGGUGAUUUGUCGCAAACCCCCCCUCGUCGUCCGACGUUCAUUUCGCGAGACGUUAAACAGCGUUCCAGUGAUGGUUAUUUUCCACAACGUAAUAAAAAUGACGUGGAUCAAGCGGAGAUGCGGUCGCUCCUGUAUCGAUACAUCGAAGCCGCCCGCGAUUCCCGCGCUGCUGCAAGAAGGGAGCAGGAAUCAAGAUGGCGGCUCCGACAUGUCGUACGAGUGGCGUGUGUCUCGGGUACGGCCCGCGGUCUACAUGUUGUACGAGUGCGACGUGCCUGCUGACGACCGUGACGUACUGAGAGGAGGAGCUGGCCUGGGUAAAGGCAUCGUGCGCCGGCGGAGCAUCCUCGGGGUGAGUAGUUGUUGUUACUUACUUGGCGGCAACUAUCUCGCGAAAUGUUAAUUAACUUUGGACAUGGUUUUAAUCGAA